AUGGGGAGUGGGCUGGGAGCAAGACUCAGCGUCCCCCGGGCAUCUCCCUGGCUGCAGUGCCCGGGGUCCCUGCUGGGCUCUGUGGAGGGCCCUGUGGUCCUGGAAGAAAAGCUUGAGCCGUGGGCCAGAGAAGCGGGCGAGCGGCCGCAGCAGGCGCCAGGCGCGCUCAAUGGCGACGCGCUGCACCUCGGGCUCAGCGGCGCCCGCACGGCAUCAACAGGGGAGCCCGCGCCUCUGAGGAGCUGCCCUGGCUCGGAGCGGCCCCCCGAUGCAGCCAGCCCCACCGUGGACCCAAGCCAAGAGUGGAAAGUGGUGAAGAUCAAGCGAGUCCUGGUCUCCCCCGUCAGCCAGCCCAGGAACGCGGGUCUGUCCCGGAGUGCCAGCCUCUCUGAGAAGGAGCUGAGGGAGGCGAAGGCGCGGAGCCGCCGGAUCGCGGCCCAGCUCACCACGGCGCCCAGCGCCAGCUCCAAGGGUGCGCUGCUCUUCCACCGGCGCAAGCAGCGCCUCGACGAGCUCGCCUGGGGGACUGCCACGGGGGCCGGUGCGGGCCAUGGUGCCACACUGCCCCUGAGCCCAGUGCCUGCUGGAGCACCCCAGGAAGGAAGCAUGGAGGGAGACGGCAGCCCAGCCAUGGAGCAUGACAGGCUGCAGCCCAGCGCGCCCGACCCCGCGCCACACACCAACGGCGAGGACGCACGCGAGGAGCACAGCGUCCCCGCAGCCAACGCGGCCACAGCCCCCGCAACGGAGGGCAAGAAGGCAAACGGUUCACAGGGCAAGCAGUACUAUGAGGUCCACCUCACCCUGGCAAAACCCAAGCCGGUGAAGAACAGGACGGCCAGGCCCUUUGGCAUCCAGGCGUCCGCAGUGAAAAGCCAGCCCUUGGAGCAGGGCCCUGUGGCCGAGCUGCCCCCACCACCUACCUAUGCGGAAACCCUGACCAGCCCUCCGCCGCUCACCCGUGUGCGGUCACCACCUGCGUACUCAGCGCUCUACCCUGCUGGCGAGCAGAAACCUCUUCUGCCCCAGGGCAGGAGCCGCAGCCCAGCCCCCCUGCCCAAAACCGGAAUCCUAGAGGAGUCCGUUGCACGCAGAGCCGGUAGGAAAUCCAUGUUCACUUUUGUAGAGAAGCCAAAGCUGGGCCCAAACCCUGAUCUGCUGGAUUUGGUCCAGAACGCAGACAUCAAGAAGAAGCAGAAGGAGCAGGGAGAAGCUGGUGCCGAGGAAGAGCCAUUUGCGCUGGGGGCAGAAGCUGCCAACUUUCUUGCCGGCAGCAUGGCCAGGGGUGGGCAGCACCUCCCGCCAGCUGAGGACGCUCCAGCGUGGUCCUCCUGCCUCAAGUCCCCGACCAUCCAGCCGAAGCCCCAGAUCAAGCCCAGCCACAAUCUCACCGAGGCGCGAGGGAAGGGAGCCGAGCUCUUUGCCAGGAGGCAGUCAAGGAUGGAGAAAUUCAUCAUCGAGGCUCCGUCUCAGCCUGACCUGCUGCGGUCCCCAUCGCCCACCAUGUCUCUGCCUCCCUCCUGGAAGUAUGACACCAACGCUUGCGCAUCACCUAUGAUCUCCAGACAUGCUAUCAAGAGUCCCUCCAGGCCCUUCAAAACCCCUCCAGCAUCUCUGUAUGGAGGGGGCCUGGUAGAGAAUGAGGUCUCCAAGAAGGAGCUGGAGAUCUCCAAGCACCAGCCCUACCAGCUCCAGUCUUCACUCUUCAUCCUGUCCCCAUCCAAAGGGCCCCUGAGGUCCCUGCCCCACGAGACGCCUCCACCCAGGCCCAUGCUUCCCGAUGCCUAUCUGGACCCCCAGCAGACCUCCUGCCCCACAUCUCCCUUACCUCCAUCCCCUGUUUGGCAUCGCCCUGUGGGGCUUGGGGCCAGCAGGCCUUCCUCCAGCCCCUUCCCUGCAGCUGCUGGGGCUGUGACCCUGACCCAUGAGAUCCAGCCAGGCCCCGGGGCGCAGACGGACGUGCUCCUCAGCUCCCCGUGCCGCCUGCUGUCACCCAGGGCGAAGGGAGGCUUCCAGGCGCCCAGACCAUCCUACUCCACCAGGAACGCAGGGAUUGAACCACAGGUGUGGAAACCUUCUUUUUACUACAAGUAGUGGUGUCAGAGAGGAGACGUGUUUCAG